AUGCCUCGUUUCGCGGUGCCAUCAGCGCCAAAGUGCGCCAGGUGCAACACCUCUGUAUUCUUGGCCGAACAAGUCAUCGGUCCAGCUUCGAAACCGUACCACAAGACGUGUCUCACCUGUGUCGUGUGCAACAAACGCCUCGAUUCCACGCUGCUCGUAGAACACGACGGCGAACCCUACUGCAAGAAUUGCCACAAGGAGCAUCUCGGCACAGGAAAAGGAGGCUUCUCCAAAGCGGUCUCGCUCAACCCAACAUCGCCCAAAUCGCCACGUUCUCCUACCACAAACCUGUCCAGUUCGGCACGAAGCCCUCUCAGCACUCCUUCUAGAGCAGGAGCGAGCUUCUCACAGCAACAGUAUAGCACGCCGGAGACGACACUCAGCAGAGUUGGAUUUGCGGACUCGCCGCGACGCUCGCCUAGUCCGACCAAGUUUACACCGGGUGCGUCUCUGGUGGGAAGUGAAGAUCAGGUGCCCGGGAUCAGCAUUCGAUCGAGAGGCGUGACCGCGACUAGUCCUCUUGCAUCUCCACCCUCGCCUACGAAGCCAUCGUCUCCGUUGGCGAGGAUGGGUACGAGCAGCUCGGCAGCUCCGAUCAGGUCGAUCGAUGAGGCGAUUGCUGCAGGUGGGAUCGACAUGGAUGACCCAGUGGCACGAAUCCAAGCUGCGGUGGGAGGUAUGACUCUUGGCAAUGCACCUAGGACGCCGUCCGCUCCGGCAAAGCGCGAAAAUUUUGAUGCGCAUGCGGAUGAUUACGACUCUGCUCCUGGCGUUUCCAUUACCGGCCAUACCAUCCCCUCGGUCGAUUACUACGCCACACCGUCGCCUCCUCUUGCUGCCCCUUCUUCAAGCCGUGCCACUCCUACCGCCAAAUCUCAGUACAUCCAAGAAUCAUCCUUUGCAGAAGACGGAACACCCAUCACCGUCCAAACGCGUCGCAUCGCUGCCACCGACACGAUCGGAUCCAUUCGAUUCAGCGGCACCUCCAACCCCACCUCUUCUCCCACCUCCGCACCGCACGUCAACACCCAAUCGCCCCUCUCCGCCAUUGGUACUCUCCCUCCACCUCGCCGUCCAGAUCCGAGCACGCUCACCGGUGCUUCCGGAACGGCAAAAAUCGCUCCUCCUCGCACCAUCACCUCCGCCAUUCCCACCGCCGGCGCUUCGGACGAAUCGAUCGCAUCGCGUCGGAAAAGCGGCAUCGAUCGAAUCGGUCUCAGUUCGAGCAUCGUCGAUGCUUCGGGUGGGACACCGCUGUGCGCGAGGUGUAAGAGACCGGUGUAUUUUGCAGAGCAAAAGGCUGCCGCGGGGAGGAAGUGGCACAGAGCAUGUUUGAGAUGCGACGGUUGCGGGACGACGUUGGAAAGCGGUAAGUUGGAAGAAGGUCCGGUGGGAGGAGCGAGUGGAAAGGUUGGAGAGGGUGGGGCGAACGUCUGGUGCAGGAUCUGUUAUGCGAAGUACUUUGGGCCAAAGGGUCUGGGUGUAGGCCUGUCGCUGCCAGAGACCAUGCGGUAG